AGCAAACACAUAGGUAAAGAAUCUAUUAAGCUUUAAAUUUGUUAUAAACACCAUUAUUUCUUCACGUACAAUUAUACAACAUACACCAAACAAUCCAUUUAUAGAAUCUUGAUAGUUCAAUUUCAACUCUCAAAAAACUUUAGAUUAAUUCAUAAACAUGGAAAACAAUAGCUCAAAAGUAGAGAUGAUGAAGCCAGUAUUCCUAAAGGCUGGAAUACCAAUAGCCCUCACUUUAGCUGGUUACAUAAUUGCCAAAAUCACAACUAGAAAAAUCUCAAAUUUUCAAAUUUCACCAAUUCAAGAAAAUACUCAUGAUGAGGUCUCAAGAAAAGAUGAAAAUGGUCAUCAAAAUCUUGAAAUUUCAGAAUCUUUAUCUUGUAUAGAAGCACAUGAUUAUGAUGAUGAUCAUUGUUCUACAAAUACCCUUUACAAUGAUUCAUCAAAAAGUUUUGAUCUUUAUCAAAAUAAAUCCAAAUUUCAAGCAAAUCAUCAGGAAAUCUCAAGAAAUGGAGAUGGUCAUCAAAAUCUUGAAAAUUCAGAAACUUUAUCUUGUGUAGAAGCUAAUGAUAAUAAUCAUUGUUCUACAAACACCCUUUACAAAGAUUCAGCAGAAAGUUUCAAUAUUUAUCAAGAAAAAUGCAAAAUUCAAGAAAAUCAUCAUGAGUUUUCAAGAAAUGAAGAUGGUCAUCAAAAUCUUGAAAAUUCAGAAUCUUUAUCUUGUAUUGAAGCUAAUGAUGAUGAUCAUUGUUCUACACAUACCCUUUACAAUGAUGCAUCAGAAAGUUUCAAUCUUUAUCAAGAAAAACACAAAAUUCAAGAAGAUAUUAAGGCCAAAUUUCAACACUAUACUCACUUGAAAGAGAAAGAAAUUGCACUUAUGGAUAUGCAAUACAAGUUGUUAUUAGAGAUCAAUAAAGUUGAGUUCUUUAGUAAGGAAAUUACACUAAUGGAAGCAGAGAGCCAAAGAUUUCAAAAUAUGGUAAUUGAAUAUUUGAGAAUUAUGGAACUUCUUGAUUUGUCAAAUUCAGAAAAUAGUUUGCUUCAAAAAAGAGUUAAGAAGCUUUUAAAGAAAAUCAAAGAACAUUCAAGAGUUGUGAAGGAGCAAAAAUUUCAACUUGAAGCUAAGGAAAAAGAAAUUUCAAGAAAUCAAGAAGGGCUAGAAAUGAAAGAUCAUGUCAUCAAGGAAAUGGAAUUGGUAAUUCAGCAGCUGAAAAUGGAGCUGGAAUUGGCAAAGACUUCAAAUCAAUCAAAGAAUGAUGUAGAAGUUGUGACAAUAGAAGAUUACAAAGAAUUGGUAAAUGAACUAGAGCAAUUGCAAAAGGAGAAAGCUAGUGAAGACAAAGAGCUAAUAUACUUAAGAUGGUGCAAUGCAUGUUUAAGACAUGAAUUAAUGAGAAGAAAUCAAGAACAAAUGGAACAAGGGAAAAAACAAGAAUUGAAUUUGGGAGAAGAAAAUAGAGAAAAUGUUGAAGAAUUUGUACCAAAAGUACAUGAUUUAAUAAUUGGGAGGAGUUCAUCAGUUGGGCAUAAUGAAUCUUGCUUAAAUUCACCUAUUAAUGAUCAUUCAAAAAGGAGAAAAUUAAUGCAAAAGUUCAAGAAAUGGGUAGAGGGAAGUGAUAAAAUGAAAAAUGAAACAAAUUGCUUUAAGAGGCAUUGUGUUUCUGAUCAUACUGAGGAUUUGAUUCAUCCUGCUAGAAAAUCAUGCUCUAGUGCCUAAUUAUGUGACUAUAUAUUUGUAAUAAUUCCUUCAUGAUUUGUGGUUGGUAAAAACUUACCCGCAUUGAAUGUUUACACUAAAUUUUUUUAAUUGAAAUAUUCAAAAUAGUCUCAUAAACUUGUACCGUAUAAUAGAUGAAUCUAUUACU